CCGUCUCUCUCUCUUCCUCACUGGUCCCUCUCCAGAGGAUCCAUUUCCGUCAUUUCGCCCUUCCUCGAGUGCCUGCGCACUCCGAAAUGCGAAGAGAGAAACACGAGAGAAUAUCCAGGGGGCAACUUCUGGAGCUCCAUAUUUCUAUUCUCUACUAAUAUCCCGUUCCCGCCAUAUUUUGCCGGUCAAAAGUCACCGGUUUCUCGCCGGUGAACGCCAUCUUCUCGGUUUUGCUGCAAGCUGGUUGUGAUUUUUGAAUGCUGUACGACGUCAUGCUUCUUCCAUGAUUGCCUUUCGUUCCAUCUUCCGGUGCUGUUUCAUCUAUGGACUAUAUGAAGCAAGAUAGCAGCGGAACUGAUGAAGAUCUUCCCACACAAAAUAUCAGCAGAAAUAUUCCAGGUGUACGCUUUUCUAUGACUGGGAGGGUUCCCUCUGGAGCAGUUUCUCGAGGGAUGGAUACGACUGACAUUAAAUAUGAAAUUCAUUGUAUAGAGACCGAAGCGUAUAGCGCUAUACUAAGGGCUUUCAUUGCUCAAUCUGAUGUCCUUUCCUGGUUUAAAGAAGGGCUUAUUACUGAUCUGAGGAAGCAACUUAAUGUUUCAGACCUGGAACACAGAGAACUCCUUGUGAAAGUUGAUUCAGAUGAUUCGGUCAGGAUGAUAAGGGAAAGGCGUAAGGGCAUUGCUGGUGAAAAAGGGUCACUCUGUUACAAAAUGAAUUCCUCUGGAUCGAACCCUAAUUCAGUGUGUCAUGCUCCCCGCAAAAGGUUGAAGACUUCACAUGUUACUAUAUCUUCACCCCCAAAAUACAUACAUCAUUCUCAACCUUCACCAGCAGCUAUUCCUUCUUCAGCGGCAACACAUUACAGGGACAGUCAAUGGGUUGGUGAAACAGAUGUCUUCUCUGCUCAAGGAAAUGUUGGGCAGUCCAUGAAAUCUGCUUCCCAUGGCAGACAAGCACCAAGUGCAGGCAAAGGAAAGAUUCCAAUAAUCCAUGCAACAGAUUUCAAGAAAAGAUCGGAUACAAUUGAGAUUCGUCCAACAGAUAAACUUAUUCAUGAGGUUGAGAGAGUGAUCUGUGGAGGUGGAGAAACUGACCCACGUCAAGUGGAGAAGGCUAAAUUAAUCCUCAAAGAGCAUGAAAGAGCCAUUCUUGAAGCACUUGAUAAACUUGCUGAUGUGUCAGAUGGUGAGGAUUCUCCUGAUCGGUCACGGCAUCGGUACUCCCACAAGGAGCUUCAGAGGAAUGGACAAAGAGCAUUGGCACAUCAUGCCUUCUAUGGGCAGGUUGAUAGGCUGAACAAUUACUAUAAUGAGGGCUUUGGUAUGGAACACACUGACAGAGCGGGUGUUCCUUGCCUUGAUGUGCAGGAUGAUGAAGUGUCCCCUUAAUGACGCAUCUAUUUUCAGUGGUUGCAAGGUGAUGUAGAUAUGACUUAGGUAACAAAGUAAUUUGCUUCCGGCAGCUGUGUAAGUCUCAUUGGUACAGACCUCUGAUGCAUCAACAUAUAAGGUUACUUGGUCUUGCCACUAUCUUUAUUUCUCCUUGUCUUUUGUUCUCUUCUGCUGACUGAUGAUAGUGAUUGCUGUGGGUUUUAAGUA